AUGGUCACAAAAGAACAAGUAUCGCAGUCUGGAAUUACCGGGGUAAAUCAAAAUGGGCGUGAUGACUUAACGGUACUUCUCGUGUCCGCUCGGCCAGGAAAAUCUAUCCCUCCAGUAGGUUUAAUUGGAAAAACUGCACGUACUUUUGUUCAAGACGGUGCUAGUACAGAAUACGCCACUCAAGUACUUGGUACUACUCUUGAUAAUGGUCGUGUUUAUGCUCAAAUACUCUCAACAUCUAGCCGCGUGUUCUAUGAGAAAGAUAGUACUCUUCCAGAAUCAUCUAGAGUCGAUCCUUUUGUAGUUUAUCCCUCAAGAGUUGCACCUCAAGAUGAGUGGAAACUAUUUGGUGGAAUAAUUGAAGACGACAGCGCUGGAAAGCGAGAAGAAGCAAUCAUUCAUGAAGAAAUAUAUUCUUCUUCUUCAUCAUCAUCAAGCAGCUCUUCAGAACCUCACGACCGUGAAAAUGAUAUUUUUGAAGUCCGAAAGGAAUUCAAUGUUGAUACUCAUCCAAGAUUCAAACCUGCCAAGGUUAGAACACCUAAUUUACCAACUUACACAGUGAAGCAAGAACUGGUUGGAGGAUUUGCUGGUUCCGAUGACGCCAACGAAGAAGAUGGACAUAAAAGUUUUAAACCCCGAGUACCAAAGAUUUUUAAACAUUCAUCCGCUAAAGUUAAUUUGAAUAAAAAAGAAUCAACACCUCUUCAAACUGUUACUUAUCAUGGAUUUGCUGAUUUCACUACUACUGUUGGAGAUACAGUUAUUAUAUUUUCUCCAAGCACUUCAUCAGCAUCUCCCAGCCGUCCAGCAACAACAAUUAAAGGUGAUGCGACUUUGAGACCUGGUGAUGGAAACGCAGUAUUAAUUAAACCUACAAGUAUUGUCAAAGAUGAGAAAACCGUUGAUCCCAUGCUUGAAGCCAUCAAUGGGCAUUCUAGACCAGAAUCUAGUGUUUUAUCCUCAAGCAUGGUUGAUGAAUCUGGUGAUUCUUCAUCAAAAUCUACUCCUCUACUUUUGUUACCUGAAAAUGAAACUGCUCAGCCAACAGGCCUGCUCAAAGUUAUAGAUUCUACAACUUCUGCUGAUGGUACAACUACUCAUUAUAAGAGUCUUAUUUAUGGAACAUAUGUUGGUACAAAUUACGCUCAAAUUAUUCAUACCUCUUCUAAUGUUUAUUUCUUUCCUGAUGAAGCUAGCGUUUCUUAUGAUACAACGACCACAAAGUUUGAAGAAGAGACUGAAGAUUCUCUGACAACUCUUGGAGUAGAUUCAACAACUUCAUCAGAUUUGGAUGAAACUCUUUCUCCAGAGGUGAAUGAACUUACUACACUUUUAGAUGAAGUUACUGAGAAUGUACCGACAACUAUCAAGAUCUCCAAUACUACUCCAAUGGAGCCGGAGAUUCUUAAUGAUAUUGUUGAUCCCCAAGGGCGCAGUGUUAAAGGAGGUUCAGCUAAAAAUAAUAUUGACAAUGAAGAAAAGAAAAUUGAAUUCGCUACUAGAUUAUUGCCUUCUACUGCUUAUAAAACGUUCACGUACUUUACAACUUUCUUCAUCCCUGACCCGACACAUAAAGAUGUUACAACUACAUCUGUUAGGUCACGAGAAGUUGUGUCAUCAGAAGUUUCUUAUUUGACUGAAUUAAUUCUGCCUAGUGCUACUGAAACCGGUUCAAUGAAUACUGCUUUACCUCCUUCAAUAUCAUCAGUACCACCAACAUCUUCAACUCCGCCUGCAGAUUCAAAAUUAGAAGACGAAGAAUCAACAACUAAAAAAGAAGAAAUUGAACUCAUUUUCAAAACAUUAUACACCACUUACACUUAUUUAACAACUUUCUUCCAAGAGAGUACUUCAAGUGUAUCAAGUCGUGAAGUUGUUGAAACUAAUGUCGUGACUCAGACAAUCGGGCCUGAUGGAAUAUCUGGUGACUUCAUUGGACUUUUUAAUGAUGAAGUUUCUAUUACUCCAACAAAAAUAGUAGACUCUAUUCAACCAUCAAUAUUUGUUACUCCUGAAGACGAUGCAGUUACAUAUGAAGUACCUACCACGAUAGAAGACUCAAUUACAGAGUCAGGAUUGACUACUUUGAUGGAUCUGGAGAAUGAAAAAAUUAUGGAAGAAAAUAAGAAUAAAGCAGCAGCUCAACUUGAACCAAGUCCAGUACCUAAUCUCGCAACUGAAGUACCCAAGUAUGAAACGAAAACUUAUUUUACUACCUACACUUAUUUCACAACUAUUUUCGUUGAUGAUGAAACUGAAAUUGAAACAAGAACAGAAGUUUUUAGUAAUAUAGUGACUGAAAAAAUUGAACCAACAGCUGUAGUACCAUCUCCUGAACAAACUACUGUAGUCGCUACUACUCCCAAGAGUGAUGCUGCUGCUGCACCACCAGAGAUUUUAGCCUAUUUGGAAGCUUUGAAGAAACAAAAAUCACAAGAAGAAGCUUUGGAAGCUGCUAAAAAAAUUCAAGAAUCUUCUAAUACAAGAGAAAUGAAAGCUAAAGUAGAAGAUAAGACUGAAAAGCCAUUAGAAUCUAAUUCAGUUGCAACCACAACAGAAAAAGUACCUAUUGAUGGUGAAGUACUUGGUUCUAUGAUUACUGAUGUUAUUUCUUCCUCAAGUUCUUUUGAUGGACCAAUUUUAGAACCACCUAUGGACAAAAGAAACGUGGGCUCUACUAUACCAGAAGAUCAAGAGUUAUCAGAGUCUAAUCAUCAUGAGGUAGAACCAGCGCCAACGCUUCUCCUCCGUACAAGUUUCACGACAUUUACAUACUUUACAACAAUGUACAAAGGAGAUGCAAGUGAUGUGACAUCUCGUUUAGAAACUGUUACAAAUAUUGUUACAGAAACUAUAAGACCUACUCCAACUGUUGAAAUAUCAGCCACUGAAACCAGCAGCCUUCCCGUUACUUACUUUACUACUUUCACUUAUUGGACAACGUUUUAUCGAGCAGGAGAUACAAUCACGACCAGCCGAGAGGAAACUGUAAGUAAUGUAGUUACCCCUGGAAUAUCAGCAACGCCCACUGCUCAACUUGGAGUCAUCAUGACCUAUCGUCCAGAUGAGGUUGUUGAUGAGGUAGCAGCGAAUACCGACAAAACAAUUGCUGACAAUGAAGUGAUGGAACAAGAAAAAGGCACUACUCCAAUCCCGGCAUCUAAAGAAGUUAUUUAUGCAGUUCCUGAUGAUCAAGCUUCUAUAGAUACAUCAACUAUUAAUCCAGAACCAACGACGUAUUAUACAACUUUCACCUACUUCACGACUUCUUAUAUUGGCAAUGAGACUAUUUUGAACUCACGACUGGAGACAAUCACGAGUGUAGAUCUUGGAAGUAUUCCUAAAGCAACAGGAAGAGCAAUAGGUGGCCCAGUGUCGAAGGUCCAAGACUUAGAAAGAGAAGAAAAAGUGAAACCACUCGAAGUAACUCCCACGAAAACAUCAGAAGAACCCAAGACAGGUUUAUUGUCAACAAUCAGAUCUAGUGAUGUUACUAAUGGUACGACAACUCAUUACAGCACAGAUAUUUAUGGAACAUACAUUGAUGGAUUGUAUGCUCAGGUUGUACAAAGCACUACAAGCUUAGAAACUCCAUCAAAUACUCCAGCAGUUUCACCAACCUCUGUAGCGACUCCACCACUUCCCACAGGAGUUCUUUCGUUAAAUAAAGGCAGCAUCAUUGAUGCUGAUAAAGUGACGACAGUUUACUUCGCCACUAGUCAAAUUGGCACAUUGAUAGAUGGUCUUUAUGCUAAGGUGAUUGAAAGUACUUCGAGUACGAAGAUAGAUGCAGAGAGAAAGGCUACGUUGAAGCAGCCAGAGGAAAGACAUAGGACUGGAUUAGUCAGAUUAAUUAAAGGACAAAUUGAAGUUGAUGGGUCGACAGUCAUUUAUCAAUCGAAAGUUAUCGGUACAAGUAUUGAAGGAAGAUAUGCACAAAUUAUAGAGAGUACAUCUAGUUACAUUGUACCUUCAGCAACAGUAUCACCAACUGGUAAAGUUUCUCUUCACGCUACACUAGCACCUGGUCUUCCAUCACCUACUCCAGCUGUCAUUCAAUCAUCAAUAUCUGAUGGAAAUCAUGAUGAUAUUUCAAAUGAGGAUGAAAAUGAAGAGGACGAAGAAGAAUCAGAGGAUGGAGAUGAAUUAGAUGAAAAUGGUCAGAAAGAAAAGAAAAAGUCACGUCUUACAUUCUCGAGUCGUAAGAGAACAUUUACUCCUGCUAUCAGACCAUUCUUAUCUCGUAGUAGACCGACGUUCAAUCCAAAGAGAAAAGGUGCCCAAGGUGCCACUACGAUUACUCGCACUGACAUUACACCAACUAUCACUGCAACAUUAGCAGGAAGUAAAGGAAACCGUUUUGCCUCUUCUCGAGGAAGACCUGUUUCUUCAGUAUCCCCUACGGCGUCUAUCAAUUCCUCUCGACGUUUCUCUGGACGUAGAAAUCCUUCAAGCUCUAUACCGGUAACGGCUUCGAGUGUACGUGGCAGAACAUCAGGAAGGAUUUCAGCAUCACCAACAUAUUCUGUUGCUCGACGUGGACCAAGUUCCAUUCGUGGUUCUUCAGCAAGGCCAGCUAUCAGAGGAUCGAGUUCAAUUUAUCCUGGAGCUUCUUCGAGGUUUAGAGGUGUCAUCAGACCAUCAUCUACGCUAAUCAAAUCACUUCAGACAGCUAAUCCAUCUCAAAUAGUAAAGUCAGACGAUCAAGAAGAUGAAGCAAAUGAAUUUACAGCAACAACUUUGGUAACUGAAGAAACUCCUUUCCCAACUAAUUUCGAUGACUUUGAAGAGACUGCUACAACGAUUCCAGUGAAAACAACCACUGAAUCUUCUAGGAGGUCUACAAAUCCUCUUCUGAGAUUUAGACGACCAGUAAAUCUAACUCCAGCUUCUCGUGGAACUCCUCUACCAAGAAGAACAACUACAACUACUACUAAAGCUCCAGUAUCUUCAAGGAAUUCUAAUGCUCGGUCUCUGAACUCUCCAACACUUCCUCCGUUUGCUCCAAGGUCUAGAACUAGCAAUCGUUUAUUUCCGCCGAGGAAUUUUAUUAAUCAACGACAACCAGAUCCAGUAGAAGGAGCAGAGAAUGUUGACGAGACAGAAACUAAUAUUGAAGAUGAUAAAUUAGUCGAAGAAAUUAUUGAUAAUGACUACGAAGGAUCAGAAAAUAAUAAAAGACGUCGAGUUCCUUCAAGAACUGAAGUAACUUCUACAACACCUAGAGCUUAUAGUAAUAGAUUCUAUGCUCAACGAAGAAGAUCAAAACGUCAAGCACCUGCUGUGCGACCUUAUCAGCCUAAUCGAUAUCGCAGACCACUUAGUAAAUCUGCUGAAGAUCGAUCAGAUGUAGAUGUUUCAAGUUCUAAUGAUGAAGAAUCAACAACAAAGACAAGUAAUAGAUACAGCAAUGUCAGAGGGAGAUCUUUAUCGACUUCUAGACCACCAGCCAAAAGCAGUUUAGAAAAAUAUCAAAGUGAUUCCGGUGAAAUUUCUAAUCCAAGAACAAGAAGACCAACAGCUCCAAAAGUAAAACCCACUCCUACUACACCAUCAUCUGGAAGACAAUUUACUCUGCGAGAGAAGAAUUUAACUUAUAAAAGAACGUCUUCAAAGCAAGAUACCACUAGGAGACCGAGUUCAAGAGUAAGAACUAGUGGAAGAAGGACAACAGAAUCAUCUUAUGAUGCACGACGUGGUACUACUUCAAGGUCAUCCACGAGAUCACGAACUAAUAACAGAAGAGUAUCACAGAGAGGUAGAGGAGGAUCACGGGAAGAUUUGUCAGGUUACUGGAAAGAAGAUGGAACUAUUACAGUAACUCAUUAUAUUCCAACUGAAGUGACGAUUCCUGUGGUGUCUAACGGUGCUACAGAAUACAAGAACAUCAUCACACCCAGUCCUAGUGUUGAAGUUUUAGGUCCUGAGAAAUAUAAUACAGUUACCGGGGGUGAUGGACGUCCAUUGGUGAUCAUAGCCAGUGAAUCAAGUGGAGUAAAUCAUCUCGGUCAGACAGAAGUUACGCGAUUCCUCCUUCAUAGCACACCUACAAGUAGAGUAUCUCAUACACUGACAACCAUUGGCGGGCGUCGCGUGUCUCAGUCGCUUAUUGUUCCAUCAACUGUUUAUUCAGUGGAGAAUGUGGUUUCAACUGUUCCACCAUCAAUAAAUAAUCAAAAUUCACCUCUUGCAAAUAUUCUUUUGUCUCAAUUGCUUCUUGGACAAUUGGGCCAGCCAAAUAAUGUUCCAGCAGCAGAUGCGACUCCAACAACUCAAUAUAAAACCCGAACAACAACUUACGUAACAACGAUAACUAAAGAAAAAAGUACAGUAAUUCCUUUGACAUUUAGAGGCAAAGAAAUUCUUACAACUCUUGUUGACUCUUCAACUAAUGUUGUCACAGCUACAGAAUUUAUUACAGACACCGUGGUAGUUACUCCCACUGCUACACUUCCAACUGCAAACUUAAAUUCACUACUUCUCCUUCUACAACAAACUCCUCAAGCUCCACAACAGCCUGUACAAGAUCCUCUAUUUGCUGCUGCGCCAAUUUUUAGUCAAAGUAAUUCACUUCCUGGUGAAACAGAACGAAAAAGCCAACCGGUAGAUCUUGAUUAUCGUUCUGAAGAUGAAUCCUCAGCGUCAGCCGAAGAAUUCGAUAAGCCAGUGAAGUCUAAGGACAAAUUGCGUAAGAAAGAAGCAAUAGCAGAGAGUAGUGUUGUGACAAUUUUUGUUUCUGGUAAAAGACCUGGAGAAUUUAGUACAAUUUUAUCAACAGUUAAGGUCGGCGAGGAGUCAACAGCUUCAAGAAGAAGACGAGAUCUCGUUGAAGAGGUACGACCAUCAAUUCCACCGUCUUUAUAUGGUCAACCAGAGGCUACCUCAGGUCUAAGUCCCAGUGAAGAAUUUACGAGUGUGCACGCACCAACCCAGAGUCUUGAGAGCGUUGUGGGUGACGUCGGACGGCACAUCUCCACGUCCAUCCGUUCAAUUUUUGACGAGAGAAACAAAGUAAGGAUCGUCUUUUCAGAUGAUACUUAUGGAGAUAUAUUCUAUGGACAAAAAUAUCCACAAAGAGUUCGUUCUGAAGAUUACUUUGAUGAACAACCUGAGGAUUAUGUUCAAGAUAAACGUAGGAAAGUAAUACGAGUACGUGUACCAUCGUAUGUAUCUCGUGAAAACGCUGAGAGACAACACAAAUACACUGUGGUUAGAAAAAGACCGCUUGUACACUAUACAAAGUCCAUAAAUCCUGAGGAAGUUAUUCCUGCUUCAUCUACACCACGCAGAAUUGUCAUCACACGUGUUCGAAAUCUUGGUGCUAGGUCUAGACAGUUUUUUGAUGAAGACUUGUCUUAUCCUGCACAGAGAACAUAUUCAAGGAAACACAAGGUCACAGUGACUCGAACUAGAAAGCUGAGACCAACUUUGAAUGCAGAAAUAACAAAGACACCAAGAACACGUGUGACGAGGAAGAAACUUGUCACAGUAAGACCAGUUAUCACAUCAACUCCAACGUACGCUAUUAUUACAACUGGUUUUUAUGGAAUUCCUAAUGAUGAAGAUGAAGAGGUUGAUGAAGAUGAAGAAAAAAUUGAAGAAAAUACGGAAGAUAUAAAAAGUGAAAUAGAAGAGUCGGAAAGAAUAUUACCGAGUAUUGUAGGCUCGGUUAAUAACAUUGAAGAUAGACCAGAUAUAGAUGAAGUGGAGGAAGAUGGAGAUUUAGAUCCUGCGAAGUUGGAUUUAGACAUCUCUGAAGAAUUAACCACAACUAGCACUCCAGUUCCAAUCAUUAUUACAGAUAAUUUUUUCUUUCCGGCAUCAUCUGAAGAUGAUGACAGUGAAACUGAUGAUGAUGAUGAUGAUCAGAAUAGUGAAAUGGAAAAUGAAGAAGUAACCGUCAAAGAGGAGAUUAUUUCAACUACGGAAGAAAAUGAAAAUAUAGAAGACGAAGGGGAUGAGGAAAAAAUUGAAGUUACAACAGAAAAAGAAGACUUUUCUGAUAAUGUCACAGAAAAUCAAGAAAUAAAUACAACUGAGUCUUCACCAGUGACUGAAGAAUCUCCUCCAGAAGAUAUUACAGUCACAGAAUCAUCACCACUAGAGUCUACUACAGUUGAAGAAGUAGAACAAAUUACAAUAAAAGAAGUUCUUCCAAAAUCCGUUGAAGAAAAAAUACCUGAAGAGCCUGUUGUAAUUAAAAAAGAAUUUACAACAGAAAAAAUACUUGAGUCGACUACACCAAAAACAGAAACAUCUUCCGAAGCUGCUGUAGAUGACGUGAAAAUACCAGAAGUUACUAAAGCAACGAUCGAAUCAUCUUCUGAAUCUACAACUCCAACCAGUACUACUACAAAUGAAGUUAUCUUGGAACCAUCUUCUUCCACUACUCCGGAAGAAAUAGACAAAACUUCUCUUAUUCUGCCAAAAGAUCCAGAAGAACAAUUAAGUGUUGUACCUUUGGACGCUGAAUUUAUUUCAUCAUCAAAUCUACCUUCUAAAGAACAAUCAAUAGCAACAAUUGAUAUCAUACCAAGUGUGAUUCCUCUAGAAUCAUCAAUGAGUGUGAUUGAAGAUCAUCAGUCGACCUUCCAAUCAACAGAAACUCUUAAAACUGAAUCUUCAAGAACAACAACGACUCUAGUGGCUUCUCCAACUCCUGAAGAAAUAGAAGCAGGUCUUUCAGACGAGUUGUAUCUAUCACUCUCGAGACCUGAUUUCCCAGUGAUAUCUUCAUCAAAAAUAAAAGACGACAAAGACUCUGAUGACUCUUCUAACUUGGAUCCUCAUUCCACUCCAACUAUUAUCUAUACUGAGACAACUGUUACGUCUACUAGAUUGCGGACUUAUACUUACGUUGUGACAAAGUUAAAUGGAUUAGAAACACAAGUGACGUCUUCAACGACUGUCAGACCUCGCGUGACAACAUUGACAUUGACAGUACCUGUGACAAUAGUACCUUCUUCUAUCGACAAAGUGGAAUCUAUGCAUCUUAGCACCAUCUCUACUGCCUCAGGUCGGGAGCUCGAUGCAGAGGGUGAAGGUAGAAGACUUAAACUAGCAACAAGAAUUAUGUCAAACGGGGUAGAAGUUAUUGUGGCUGGUCCCACACCAGCAUUGCGAUGGGAAAAUUCAAAUCCUCAACCCACACUGACUCUCUCCGAUGCAGUGGUAAUGCUUAUGCCGCAAGAAGAUCCCAACGAAUUUGUCACUAAAACUUGCACAACAACAUUUACUUAUUUAAAUACAAUCACUAAAGAUGGAACAACUAUUGUUUCCACUGAUCAACAGGUCAUCGCAAAUACAGCAACAGAGGAACGCCAUAGAAAGCCAGGAUCAGAGUCGGCGGCAGUUACACUCGCAGCAUCGCCCACCCUGAGAACUGAAGUAUUCAAGACAACCUACACAUACCUCACAUUGAACACAGAUCAUCCGGAUGCGGACAAUGCCCUAAGUAGCAGUCAGAAAGUCAUUACGAAUACAGUGACGGCACCACAGCAUUAUUUAGACAUGAUUUUAGAACCUUCUGAAGCACCACCACCACAAACUAAUACUUACCUUAGCACGAGGGUUCUUGAAAAAACAUUUGUUGAAGAUGGUGUUACCAAAAUUGAAACUAGAAGUGAUAUGAUAACAAGAUUAAUUAUCACUGAAUCUGUACCACCACCUCCACGUCCAACAAGUGUUACAACAACACUUACAGCUCUCGAUGAUCCAGAGGAUACUCUCACAGACAUUCUGAAAACACAUUACAUCACAUAUACUUAUUAUAAUACUUAUCUGGAGAAAGGUAGCAGUACUGUUGUACGUACAAACGUCGCAACUUCAACAGAUGUUACAGUGGAGAAGGCUCCUAAGAAGACUGCAGUUAUCGAUACACAGGUGACGGCAACACCAAGCCCUGAGCCUAUAAAAAUAUUUGCUACUAAGACAUACUUGACGACGUUCACGUAUUUUACCACGCUACUCCAGGCUGGUCCAGAUGGUGAAACUUCAACAACAAUUUCUUCAAGGUCUACUGUAGUAAAAAGUGUUGUAACGGAAUCUAUAGCACCAAGUUUACUUAAUGCUGGAUAUAUGAAUCUUUUAACAACAUCACAUCAUUCUGAUUCAGUGAAAAAUGUCGUCACGGGAUCAACGAUUAUUUACUUUGAUGAAGACGAUCAAAUAGAUUCAUCAAGUACUAGUACACAAAUUCAACCAACAGUUUCGUUGGAUUCUUCUGAAACUGCUAUAGAACAUUCUGAAAUUACUUCUACUAAUCCUUCGAAUAUGGAAGAGGCACAGAAAGAUGAGCCUGAAAAUGAUGUGGCUGAAACUAAUGAUGGAUCUGAUGGUUCUGUAGGAGGUGGUUUGUUGAAUCUCGGCUCUUUAGGAAUUAAUAGUCUGUCGGCAUUGGGACCUGUUAUUACGGCAAUGGCAGGUCUUUUACAAGGCAAACCAUCUACUAAUCGUCGUAAUGACACUAUAACUACCCCCUCUAGUCCACCAGUCGUUCAUAGAGAACCCGCGGAAGUAACAACUCCAAGAUCUCCAAUUUACAUUCCAGUGUCAGAAUUUAUUGAUGGUGAUAUUGAAACAGCAGAGAGUCAAAAUAUUGCAGCACACUUGGUUAAUCCAAAUCCUAAUUUUAUUCCAGAAACAAGACAUAAAGUAGCUGCAAGUAUUGUUGAUGGUAUUCCAAUAUCUCCUGGUGAGGUAAUCACUGCGAAUAGUGAUGUUAUUAUUGGUAAACCUGGUAUUUUAGCUCCAAGACCACCUCAAACGUAUCUUCAAAAUGGAAAUAAUCAAAAUUUUGGAAUGAAGCCUCCACCAGUAUCAGUACCAAAUAUACCUGUUCAUCCUGUUUUAGAAGUAUUAAAAGACGAAGAAUUAACUGAACCAACAAGACAAGCUCAACAUGUUUUGUAUUCUCACCCUAAACGCCCACCUAAAAUUCCAGGAUUGUUUAGUAAAGAGCCAAUAAAACCUCCUUUAAAACAUGAUCUCAUAGAUGAUCCUUUACUCAAACCACCAAAUCGACCGAAUAUUGACAAAUAUGCGAAUCCAAAUAUUAAUCCUAAAGAACCUGAAUGGAUUAUUGAUAGAUUAAAACGACCUUGGAAUUCUCAUAAAGGUUUAGUACCUCCUCCAGUGCCUCCAACACCAUCACGCGUUGAUGAUGGUUCUAACAUGUACGGACAAGGUCCUAAACCGUGGCAAAAUCGUCCAAUUGAAGAUUCUUAUCGUCCUACUUGGGCACAAAAUGAUCAAAUUAUUACUGCAGUAAAUCUUGAAGGUUCAGAAGUCAAGCCUGAACUCACAGAAGCGCCUGAACCAAUAAUUCAUCAAGUUCCUCAUGUCAUAGACAGGUCAACGGGUCAGCCUUUGCUUGUAAAUAUUCAGCCAAGUCAAGUAGCGAACGUUGUUAUACCUCAAGGAGGCACUCAAGCUUUGAUAUUUGGAGACACCAGUGAGCCCCAUAUUACUGGACAGUACUUUGAUGAUCCAUCGCCUUAUCCAGAGCAUGACAGAAAUCCUGGACAAAUAAAUUUUAAUAGACCAGAUAAUAAUCCAGCAAAUUUUAUUGUUCCACCUGCUCCUCCUUCUGUUAAUUAUAAUAAACCACCUCAAAAAUCUUAUCCACAUACCAUUCCUAUUUCUAAUACUCGAGUUCAUCAACAGUUUCCUCCAUCUCAUGAUAAAAUUGAAAUCCCGGCGAAUCGGCUGGACAAGAGACCAUCAGAAAUUCUCUUGAUUCAACGACCGGAAUCUCAUAAACAAUCAAGUCAAGGUCAAGUACACACGGAAAUUUUAGUUCACUAUUCACCAGAUACAGAAAAUGUUCAUGGAAAUGUUAGACCUCAAUCAAAUCCACAUCAAGCUUCGUUUCCGCCUCCACGAAGAGAUUAUUACAAACCUACGCCGAAUGAACAACUUCCACCACGAAGAACCGCUGACAUUUCAUCGCCUACGGACACUUCCAGCCAUCAUCGCUACAAUUACCACCAUGAAAAGCCAAACAGAACUCUCACAAAUGAUAUCUUGAAGCAGAAAUGGAAAAACGAUAGAACGAAGCAAAGGAUUACUGUAAUUAGACCACGACCACCUCUAAGAAGACCUGUCCAUUAUUCUCAUCCUGACAGAGCUCCAGGAUAUGGAACUAGAUCAAAAUAUCCACCUUAUCGACCUAUGUCAUCACAUAUACCGCAAGCUUCUCAUCCACAACAGAUUCCUAUUAAUUGGCAGGAUGAUACUAAAGUUGACAAACCCCCUAAUAAUCCUAAUAAUUUUCCAGAAUCUCAAGAUUCAUUAGAAAAUGUACCAACAGGAGCUAUUGGUUAUAGAAAUCCGUUGAUUGGAAAUGCAAAAAGACCAAUGUCUUCAAUUCCAAUGCAACCAACGAACUAUCAACCUUCUCAAAAUUCACCUCCUCAAAAUCAUCAAGUUUAUCAGCUUCCCCCUGAUGUGAGUCCACCAAUAGUUCAUAGUUUGGGAGAAAUUCUUCCUCGUCCAGAUGAACCAGAUAUUCCGUGGUCAGAAACACAAACCGAAGCAGGCCUUGAUUCUACUGCUGAAGAGUCUGAAGAGAGUAUCAAAUAUCAUGAACAUGCUCCGCAGCACCACAAUGAGUAUGAGACUUAUAUGAUAGGACAUCAACAUGACCCAGAAGGUGUUGUAAUUGGAGAUGAAGUAGAAGAAGAAGAAGUUCAAAGUCAGAAAAAUGAUAAUACAGAACAACCACAAAAUACUGAAUUUUCAAGUACAGUAAUUACGCCUGUAACUGAAGAACCAGUUUCACAGGAAAAUCAAACAGAAAAACUCCUUGAAAAUCAUAAUAAUUAUCCUUCAAUGAAUAUAGAGAGUCCAUCAGUUAUUUACGAAGAUAACGUUGAAGUAGAAAGUCAAGAACAUAAAGAAUUCAAUAAAGAAAAACCAGAAUAUGAAGUAACUGAAGAUGAGUCUUUUGGAACUAAAAUUCAAAAAACUGAAGAAAGACCUAAUGAACAUGAUGAAAUGAAUUCAAAUUCACCUGAAAUAAUUUCUCAGUUUGUCCCUGAGAAACCAUUCGAGGUUAAACCUGUUCAAGAAAUGAUGCAAACUCCACCUUCAAGUCCUGAGCAACAUCAAGAACAGCAAAACUAUGGAGAGAGUCAUUUGAAUUUAAGUCCUCCAGGUGGUCAUGCGCGACCUCAUUCCAACACCUGGGGAGUUCCAGAGAAAGCGGACAAUGAAAACAAAUAUUAUUCUAACAAGAGGAACUUGACAAUAAUUCAACCAACAUAUUCUCACGGUAAUUCAAAUUUUAAUUAUGUAAAUACAGAAAUAAUUCGCACUGAAACAACAACACCCGCAGCGGGUACUCGAGUUCAUCCAGCAUAUCCACACAUUCUCACUAAACCAAGACCUGUAGUACCGGGCCCAAUUACAAUUUCCACAGGGUCUUCGAAGGUGAGAUUGUCCGCUAAGAAUAAAACAAACAAUGAAGUGUCAUUACAACCUGAAAGAACAAGAAUAACAAUGCGUCCGAUAAUUAUUCAUACUAAAGAUAAAAAUAAAGAAACGUUAGAAACUGCAUUUCAAACUAACUUCGCUACUCAUGAAGACGAAGAGAAUGUUUCUAAUGUAAACAGGAAACCUAUUAAACCAGAAGCUGGUUCUAGAGUGCCUUCAAGAGAUAUGAUGCCUCCACCUCCAACUAUGACGGUCCUUAGAGACAGAAUAAGUAAUAAUGAUGGAGAAGCUGAUUUAAAACCUCCUCCAAUACCGGCAGAUGUCGUUGGAAUGUCACCACCUCCAGUAGAUAUAACUACUACAACUAGAAGACCAAUUGUCAAUACUGUGAAUGAAUUAGGUCUGAGACCACCACCACCAAACUAUAUUCCUCUAGAUACUUCAACAGUUGUAGGAGAGACUCCUCCACCACCUCGACCGCCACCGCCAUCAUUACCAAAACCUUCAAAACCUUUCUUGGUGGAAUUACUUUCUCAGGAUAUGGUACCACCUAGACCUCCGGUUAUUGAAAGUUCUAGGCCAAUUGAAAUUGCUACUGGUAGACCUGCUAUUGCAGUGUCUGGGUCAAUUCAAAUUGCAACCGCUGUCGCAACUAGUCAUAUUCCAGUAAUGCAAGAUAUUGUAGAGUCUACUAUUCCAAUCAUUCAUGGUACUGUUGAUCUCCCUGUCAUGAUGGAUGUAUCAGAGAUCAUUAGGUCUUCGGAAACUAGAAAGCCGGAACACGUGAGCGUCUAUACUGUUAGACCGUUUGAAACGAGACCAGUCUUAAGAGUAUCUGUUCAACCAACAACCAUAGUUUCUACAAGUCUAAUAAUGCCAACACGGGUCAAAUUCACCCAUAUCUAUUCAACUAGCACACAAACACGUACUCCAGUUCGAACCAAAGUUACGUCUCAAGAAACCGUGAAAAAACCUUCAGUAAUACUAGAAGCAAGUCGUCAAAGUAUUCCUGUUACUAAGUUGAACUCAACACAAUCGUUGAACUACAAACCACAUACAAUUAAGCAGAGUAUCAAUCCAACUGAUGUACAACUUACUACAACAACAAGGCGUAAAUACGGUAGUUCUACGACGAAAGUUCAAAGUUCAAUUAUUAAAACAAUGAAAGAGGUUACUGUAAAACCGACAACUCAUGAAAAGAUACGAAAUGUCACAAGUUCUAUUACUCCUCUAGAAAUAAAACCUAAAGCUGUGACUCAUUUCAAGACUUUGACAGUCACUAGGACAGAAACAUCAGUUGUAGGAUCUCCACCGACAACAAGAACACUGUUGCUUACCCAUACUUUAACAUCAACCAUUGUAGAAACAGUGACAGAAACUUUACUACGGCCUACUAAUGUUAUAAUAACAUCAGUUACAACAAUUCUUCAACCAGCUACUCGUUUGCCAACUUAUGAAAAUUCUCCCGACAACAUGGAUUCAAUAUUUGUAGUAAUGAGUGAUCAGAAUCCUCCAGCAGUAGGUGCUGAAGAAGUCGAAGCAGAAUAUGGAACGGAUGAAGAAGUUUCUCGUGAUGAGCAAGAUCCUGCUGGUAAUGAAAUCCAUCGAGUAUUAUCUGGAAGUAUUUUAGGUGCUUCAAUAGUUCCGCAUUGGUCAACAACGCCUCAAUGUCAACCAGAAUGUAAAUCAGUCAAAGCUGAGGUAUGCGCUCAAGUCGGUGGAGAAGCAAGAUGUAUCUGUCAACCAGGAUUUGCUCGAAUGUUUCCAGAUCGACCUUGUAAGCCAACUUACACCUACACUGUUCGUGUUGGUCUCGACCGUAUUGGUAGGGAAUCGAUCAGAUAUAGUCAGGGAAUGAAUAAUGCAACAUCGCCUGUAUUUAAAAAACUUUCUGGUCCUAUUAAAGAGGCUCUUGACAGGACUUUAAUGCAAAGUGAUUUGAGAGAUAUCUAUAGAGAUCUAAAUAUUGUCAAAUUCCAUCCAAAUCCUAUGCAAGUUGAGUUCCAUGUACAGUUUACUGACAAUACUAAUGAAACAAAAUUGAAAGAAGUGCUACAGAAAUAUGUAAUUAGUAGUAACUAUAGCUUAGGAGGAACUGAAGUUUAUGCAUCUAACGAUUUGGAUACUAUUGAUGCCCGAGAUUUUGAUGAGUGUUCAACUGAAGAAGGUGGACCUUAUCAUGACUGCUCACCAUAUGCAACUUGUUUUAAUCUUCAUGGGUCUUAUCAAUGUUCCUGUCAAGAAGGUUGGGCUGAUCUCUCCGAAAAUUCUGCAUACCCUGGACGGAUCUGUUCUCAAGCACCGCUUGGCUGUACCAGUUGCAAUAAUAAGGGCCAUUGCGUAGUCAAUUCUCACGGUCAAGAAGUUUGCGAGUGUUUCCCCUGGCACAGUGGUCAACGGUGCCAAGUCAACUUAAAAGUCUUGCUGAUUGCUCUCGUAACAACUGGAGCUAUUCUGCUGGGACUUCUUGGAGUAUGCUUGGCACUCGCAUGCCAUCGGCAUCCAGGAAAGAAAGGAAAAUCAAGUGAUAGAAGAGCUAUGAUUGCUACAGGAACCGGAGGUGAUACUAGUAGUGAAGGAAGUGCAGCAGACUUAGCUAUUCCUCAUCACGUGCCUCAUGUACUCCCUCCACCUCCAAGAUCGGCAGCACCACUUCCGCCAGGCACCAAGAGACCUCGAAAAGCUACUAAACAGUAUCGAACUUCAAAGAAACCUUAUGCAGGACCGUCAGGUAAAUUAAGUUUAACAGAUCCAGAACGUUCUCUAAGUGUAAUGAUUCCUCGAGCAAAGUAUCGAUCAGGACCUCAUUCACCACAGAAUUACUCAAAACCGCCUAUGAGUACUUUUGCGGCUGAAGAACACAAGCUCAUUAAUUAUCUUGAGGGAGGUCAAGCGAAUAAUAAUAGUAAUCGAAAAGCGAGUGUCAUUAGCACGACUAAAGAAUAUGUCAAGAGUUAUGAAGAGACUGGUAUUAGAGUUGCGAGGAAUCCCGCACCAAAUAAUGGUGCUCUUGUUAGUGCUGGUUUUCAGGUUUCAGCAACUGUAAUGAAAACUGUUGAUGGUGAUUCAACCUUAGAUGAUACUUUUGAACCAUCAACAUUGAAAACACUCCGAAGUACCACAGACUUUCAAGAUGGCACGUCAACUUUAGCUCGAUCUUGCGAUGCAACAACAAUUCAAGCAACAACAGAACUUUUACCUUUAGAUUUAGCUGAGGAAAACUCAAGUGUUGGUCGCUCGUAUGCUGGAGAUACAUCAAUCAAACAGCAGACUCCAAGUCGAGGAUCAAAAGACACUCGAGAUGCGAGAGAUAGUGCGAGUGAAGGUCCGAUUACUGCUGAAAGAGAUUUAGGUAGCACUCUUCGACUUCGACAUACACCUUUAUAUAAUCCAGACCGAGCAGCCAGUGAUCGUGACUCCAAUUUCGAUUCAUUAUAAAAAUAGAGUUUUACUAUAACUUGAAAUUCGUUGUUGCCAAAUAUUUUAAAAAAUGUGUCGUAUUUGUUGAAACGUGCUCUCGUACGUGCGUAAAAUCGCAAGGUUUCGAGAUGCAAGCCAUAUAAUGAAAAUGAUCGUGCCAGUCACUAUUUCAUCAUUUUCUCAUUUUAUAAAAGUUGAUAAAAUGAAAUAUUAAUUGUCUUUACAUGAUGUGUCGAUUUAUUUAUUUAUAUUAUUAUAAAAAAAAUGAUAAAUCUACAUCCAUACGUAUAUAUGAAUAGACAAUUUGAUAAUUUAUUUUUAAUUCAUUGAUAAGAUCAAUUAUAAAUAGAAAAAUAAGAUAAAAAUAUUUGUCGUGCCAAAAAGUUUUUUAAUUAUCAAAUUUUAUGUUUGAUUGAAUUAUAUGAAAAAAAAUUAUGUUAAAAAAUUAUAUGUCGUUUAUAAUUCGUAGAAUCAGGAAAAUACAAAAAUUUCAUUGUAUUUUUUGAGUCAUUUCCAUGUUGCUCAGCUUCGUUAUAUCAAUUUCUAUCUAAAUUAAAAUUUAAAAAAAUGAAGCCGUGCAACGUUGCAAAAUACGACUCAUUGAAUUGUGGGUAGUCGUGCAAAUAUUCAUUAAUUUAUUUAUAAUUGAAAGAAAAUUGUUAAUUAAAUUAAUUGAAGUACUUUUUGUAUCGUUGAGAACAAAAAGAUUAAUAUGGGAGUUGUCUGAAGGAAUAUGUUAUAUUAAAAGUAAUUGUAUUAACAUAAAAUAACAUUAUAAUUACAUACAUGUCUAAUUACUAUCGAAAGUCUCCACAUGUAUUUUUAUAUACAUUUACAAAAUGUCUAAACAAAAAAUUAUUCAUACUAACUUAUUCAUGCCCAAACUUAAAUUAAAAUUAUAUAAAUAUAUAUAUAUAUAUAUAUACAUACAUAACAUUGUCAUUCAGUGCAACAUAUACUACUGUAAUAUGUACGUACUGUGAAAUGCGUAUAUAAUUAUGUAUGCAUAGUUGUGUCUAUUGUACAUAUUGCCUUCUCUCAAUCUUUAUUACUUCGUAAAUAUUGUAUUUUUGUAUAAUUUUUAGUC